AGAGAGAGCUCGCGAGAGAGAGAGAGAGAGAGAGAGAGAGAGAGCUCGCGAUGGAAGACGCGCGCGUACAUGUCGGAACAGGAGGAGAGCGGCCGUCCGCGUGAGGGAGCGAAAGAAAAUAAACACAAGGGGGAAAAAAAAUAAAUAAAGACUCGUAAAAGAAAAAAAAAACAUUCAGAUUAAAAGCAUGCGGAUAGACAGAAGCAGGUCACCUUGAGGAAUGGUACUUUAUUAAGCGAGGAGGGAAGAAGAAGGAGAAGAAGAAGGAGAAGGAGAAGCAGAGGGAGGCGGUUCCGCUGGUCCGCGGCGCACCGGCUGCUGAGGCGCUCGCGCUGCACGCAGGCAUGUCGGCAUGGCGUGCACCAGGAGAACCAAAACUUUGGUGUCGACGUGUGUGAUACUGAGCGGCAUGACCAACAUAGUGUGUCUGCUCUACGUCGGAUGGGUCACUAACUACAUAGCCAGUGUGUAUAUUAAAGUGCCGGUGCCUGUCCCAGCCAGGAAGUUGGAGGGCGACAAGAAGGGCGAAACUCUGCGGAUUAUAGAGCGACUCGACCGGCUGGAAAAUGUCGUGAACCAGCACAUACAAGAAACUCCGCUGAAAUCAGACAGUAAUCAGGAGGACCGAUCAUUCUCAGACUCCUCGCUCUUCAGCCACUGGGGUCAGGAUCUGAACUCCGAGAGUCGCCGCGUCGCCCUCAAGAUGUUUCAGUACUACGGUUACAACGGCUACCUCAGUGACCGCCUGCCCAUGGACCGAGCCAUCCCCGACUACAGACCUGAAGGGUGUAAGAACAUGUCGUACCCCUCGAACCUGCCGCAGGUCAGCAUCGUGUUCAUCUUCGUCAACGAGGCGCUGUCCGUCAUCCUGCGCUCCAUCCACUCGGCCAUGAGCAAAACCCCCAGCCACCUCCUCAAAGAGAUCAUACUGGUGGACGAUAACAGCAGCAGCGAGGAGUUGAAGGAGAAGCUGCAGGACUUUGUAGAAGAGACAAACGCUAAACGUCCAGGCUUUAUAAAGAUGGUGCGGCACCGUAAGCAGGAGGGUCUGAUCCGGUCCCGUGUGAGCGGCUGGAGGGCUGCGACUGCCCCCGUGGUGGCCCUGUUCGACGCCCACGUGGAGUUUAACACUGGCUGGGCCGAGCCGAUUCUCCAGAGGAUCAAGGAGGACCGGACGCGGAUCAUCUCACCAUCAUUUGACAACAUUAAAUACGACACAUUUGAGGUGGAGGAGUAUCCGCUGUCUGCUCAGGGCUUCGACUGGGAGCUGUGGUGUCGCUACCUGAACCCACCCAAGUCCUGGUGGAACCUGAACAACACCACCUCUCCAAUCAGGAGUCCCGCUCUGAUUGGCUGCUUCGUCGCAGACAGGAAGUAUUUUGAGGAGAUCGGGCUGCUGGACGAAGGCUUGGAAAUCUACGGCGGUGAGAACGUGGAGCUGGGUGUCAGGGUGUGGCAGUGUGGUGGCAGUGUGGAGGUUCUGCCCUGUGCCCGUAUCGCCCAUAUCGAGCGCGCCCACAAGCCGUACACCGAGGACCUGACUACACACGUGCGCCGUAACGCCCUGAGAGUGGCCGAGGUGUGGAUGGACGAGUUUAAGAGCCACGUCUACAUGGCCUGGAACGUUCCGCAGGAGGACUCAGGUAUAGACAUUGGCGAUAUCUCCGAGAGGAAAGCCCUGAGGAAAAGGCUGCAGUGUAAGACGUUCAGGUGGUACCUGGUGAACAUCUACCCCGAGAUGAGGAUGUACACAGACACCAUCGCUUAUGGAGUGCUGAGGAACUCUCUGAAGAGCGAGCUGUGUCUGGAUCAGGGGCCGGACACCGACAACGUCCCCAUCCUGUACCUCUGCCACGGGAUGACUCCACAGAACGUGUACUACAGCAGCACGCAGCAGCUCCACGUGGGCGUGCUCAGCCCCACCAUCGACGACGACGACAACAAGUGCCUGGUGGACGUGAACGGGCGGCCGAGGCUGAUCGAGUGCAGCUAUGCCGCGGCCAAGCGCAUGAAGCUGCACUGGCUUUUCACUCAGAGAGGCUCCAUCCAAAACAGGAAGUCAAAGCGAUGCCUUGAGCUUGUGGAGAGCAAUGAAAGUGAGUUUGGCUUUGAGCUCACCGUCCAGAAAUGCACCGGACAGAAAUGGACUAUCACGAGUGUACUGCCUGGAAGCACCUUGUAACAGGACGCUGAGAGAGUCGAGGACACUGGACAGCAUCGAGAAAUCUGGAUAAUGUCGAGGAGACCAUGACACACCUGGAUGUCUCUAUUUGAACUUGACAUCGUAUGAUAAAUGUUAAACAUUUUUAUGCCUAGCUACUGUACAUGUGCAUACGGAUCAGCCACGUCUGGCAGAUUGGACAGUGGAAUAUAGGUACAUUUAUCUAAUAUUUUCUUAUUAUAAGAUUAUUAUAUAACAAAUAUGAUAUAGUUAAGCCUAUUUAUGGAUAUCGUUACUCAUUUCAAGCUAUUUAUCAGUUAUUAUUAUUCAAGCUAUUUACCAUUUACUAUUUAUUAUUUAUCAAGAUGCACAAAAAAUCGUAUUUCAUCUUCGAUUUCGAUCCAAUUGCUAUUCCUCUUUAUUCGCUGUGACCAAUGAGUGUAGAGAGGUUGUACCACAUGACCUCAUACACUUACCCGAAUCAUGGAGAGUCUAGAAAAAGAGAAAAAGGGGAAAAACAGUGUCAGAAUGCCGAGUGAAUUUUAAAAUGACCCAAAAGCCCACUUGUAGUGAGAAGAGGAACAAAUUAGUCCAUAAUAUUAUUAUGAUAAUAUGAAAUCAUGUGAAAUAUUAAUGAGUCACUGAAUCUUAAAUUCCAAAUAACUAAAACAAACAGUGAUUAAAUGUGUGAAAUGGACAAACUGACCAGCGACCAGUAACACGUUAUAUGUAGGGCAUGUUUACUAAAGACAGAUUUUCACCUGUAAGUAAGUGAUAAGUCUAUUUAAUAGUAGUGUGAUCCAUUGAUUUGAAAGGUUACAAGUGAAAUGAAUUGAGGCAAAAUUUGAUUAUUAUUGGAAAAAGUCAAAUACAAAAUUUAUUCAGAUUCUCAAUCUGAUGUGGAAAUAAUUUAAUAAGCUAGCAAGGUGAUUUUCCCCAUAACUCUGAUACUUAUAUUCCUUCUGUACGCCCUCAUUCACAGUUUAACAGUUCCCCAGAUUCUGAACAAAGCUGGUCACAUAUCGACCAGAGGAUACUAAAUCGUAUCGUAUCGUCACAGAUUCAGUGGUAUGGUACAGUUGAGGUCAAAAGUUUACAUCCCCCUUUCAGAAUCCCCCCGGCUCUUAAUGCAUGGUUUUUCCUUCUGGAGCAUCAGUGAGCGUUUGAACCUUCUGUAAUAGUUGCAUAUGAGUCCCUCAGUUGUCCUCAGUGUGAAAAGAUGGAUCUCAAAAUCAUACAGUCAUUGUUGGAAAGGGUUCAAAUACACAAAAAUGCUGGAAAACCAAAGAAUUUGUGGGACCUGAAGGAUUUUUCUGAAGAACAGCAGGCAGUUUAACUGUUCAGGACAAACAAGGGACUCAUGAACAACUAUCACUAAACAAAAAAACACAGCUGUGGAUCAUUCAGGUAACAACACAGUAUUAAGAAUCAAGGGGAUGUAAACUUUUGAACAGGGUCAUUUUUAUAAAUUCAACUAUUAUUUUCUCUUGUGGACUAUAUGUAAACAUCUUUUAUGUGAAAUAUCUUAUUCAGGUCAACACUAAAUAAACAAUAACAUGCAUUUUGUAUGAUCCCUCUUAUUUUGGUAAAAUAAUAAACAUUUUGCAGAUUCUGAAAGGGGGAUGUAAACUUCUGACCUCAACUGUAUCGUCAAAUAUCAAAUCAUCACCUUAAGAAUGGAAAUCGUAUCGUAUUAUAUGGAAUCUGUCCUCUUAUGCUAUGUACAUUAAUACCAUAUUAUCAGUUAUUUUUGCUCAGGAUUUCAGCGUUUGCAGAACAGAUGUCAUUCACAGAUAUCCACUAGGGAAAUGGAGCUACAACACUCUGCAUCAAUCAUGUACUAAUUUAUUAAACAUACAUAUUAUUCCCUACAAAAUUGCUCAUGAUGUUAGUUCUAAGACAAAACAUGCUGAUUCCUGUUUCAUCAAGCAUGUCUAGAAAUAGGCUUAUACUGUAUAUUAUAUUUGUUAUGAAAAAAUCUAAUGAUAAUGAGAAAUAUUGGAUAAACCUGCCUUUAUUACAGACAUGAGAUUUUGCAGUGGACGUUCCGCACUGUUCUAUUUUGUGCAAGGUAUAAUUUGGAUUUGUGUUGACUUGAAGGUUUUACCGGACUUGAUGCGGCGAUUUUUUUAACGCAUUCAGUUCGUAUUUGCUACCGUGUAGCAGGCUUUGGCAACGUUUCUUGCUGUAUUUCUUUCCUUCUAGUGUCUCAGGUUCGUAGGUCGAGAUUAUUUUGGAAUCGAGCUGUACGUUUUGGGGACAUGCCAAUACGUUGGAAUAUGUCUGGAUACAAAUCAACUAUUUUAUAUCUUCAUGUAAAUCUCAGUAUUUAUACUAUAUGCCAUUAAAAAGAACAGAUGGUGAGCAAAGA